AUGUCCUUCGGGCUUGUCGUUGGCGGUCAGUUUUUCCUGAAACGUCUACUGCACUUCCUUCAGCCCAGCAGACGCCUUCACAUCCAGCCAGUCUCGGCUGCCAACAUAUCUGGGGUCUAG